GAUCCGCGUUUUACAGUUAAUAAUUAACAGGAAAUUUUUUAUAAAAAAAAAUCCAAAAUUCAUGCCAGAGUGAGUCCGAGUGAGAGAAGAAGUGUGAGUCUCACGGACACAGAGGAGCCAAAGCCAAAUCGAAAAUGGCGAACCUUCGAGUCUCUGCCCACAGCAGAGGAGGAGCCAUGCGGAGCUCCACCGCGUCCUUCAGUGUUCUGGCUAUGACCAUUGCAGUCGCCGUCGUCUUUUUCAUCUCUCUUUCGUUUGUCAUCACUUCCCAAACCGACACUUCUGAUCUCACCGACUUGGGUUUCAAUUCUGGUUCAUACGGAUUGGGAUCGACGAGAAGGACGGUGCUUGCUCUGAAAUCGGAUCCUCUGAAGCCGCGACUGGACCAAAUCCGAAAGCAAGCAGACGAUCAUCGGACUCUAGCCCUGGCAUACGCUAGCUAUGCGCGGAAGCUGAAGCUCGAGAACUCCAAGCUCGUUCGGGUCUUCGCCGAUCUCUCGCGAAACUACUCGGAUCUCAUGAACAAGCCUGCUUAUCGCGCUCUCUUCGACUCCGACGCGCUCAACAUCGACGAAUCAGUGCUGCGCCAGUUCGAGAAAGAAGUGAAAGAGCGAAUCAAAGUUACCAGACAAGUGAUCGCCGAAGCCAAAGAGUCUUUUGAUAACCAGCUAAAGAUUCAGAAGCUUAAGGACACUAUUUUCCAAGUGAACGAGCAGCUGACGAAGGCCAAGAAGCAAGGAGCUUUCUCCAGCUUGAUUGCCGCAAAAUCGAUCCCCAAAAGCUUGCAUUGCGUUGCAAUGCGGUUGAUGGAGGAGCGAAUUGCGCAUCCGGAGAAGUAUACUGAUGAAGGGAAGCCGACUCCGCCCGAAAUUGAGGACCCCAAUCUUUACCAUUAUGCUAUAUUUUCAGAUAAUGUGAUUGCAGCUUCAGUGGUUGUGAAUUCGGCAGUGAAGAACGCCAAGGAGCCAUGGAAACAUGUGUUCCAUGUAGUUACCGAUAAGAUGAACCUUGGAGCAAUGCAGGUUAUGUUUAAAAGCAAGGACUAUAAUGGGUCACAUGUUGAAGUGAAGGCUGUGGAGGAUUACAAGUUCUUGAAUUCUUCAUAUGUGCCGGUGCUCAAGCAAUUGGAGAACGCGAAGUUGCAACAGUUUUACUUUGAGAAUAAGCUCGAGAAUGCAACCAAAGACGCAACAAACAUGAAGUUUAGGAAUCCCAAGUAUUUGUCUAUACUGAACCACUUAAGGUUUUAUUUGCCUGAAAUGUACCCCAAAUUGCAUAGAAUUCUGUUCUUGGAUGAUGAUAUAGUGGUUCAGAAGGACUUAACUGGUUUGUGGAAGAUUGAUAUGGAUGGGAAGGUGAACGGGGCGGUUGAGACAUGUUUUGGUUCGUUCCAUCGUUAUGCUCAGUACAUGAAUUUCUCACAUCCUUUGAUUAAGGAGAAGUUCAAUCCCAAUGCGUGUGCGUGGGCUUAUGGAAUGAACUUCUUUGAUUUGGAUGCUUGGAGAAGGCAGAAUUGUACCGCCGAGUAUCAUUACUGGCAGAAUCUGAAUGAGAACCGUAGCUUGUGGAAAUUGGGGACACUUCCCCCAGGUUUAAUCACAUUCUACUCAACAACAAAGCCUCUAGACAAGUCAUGGCAUGUUCUGGGACUCGGCUAUAAUCCAAGCAUCAGUAUGGAAGAGAUUCGCAAUGCCGCAGUGGUGCAUUUCAAUGGGAACAUGAAGCCUUGGCUUGAUAUAGCCAUGAGCCAGUUCCGGCCACUCUGGGAAAAACACGUCGAUUAUGAUAUGGAGUUUGUUCAAGCCUGCAAUUUUGGUCUUUAAAUGAACAGGGGGUUUGCUGAAGCUCUAGUUGGAGGAUCUGCCAAUGCUAGUCCUUGUAGCUAGUAAGCUAUUAUCUCCUUGUGGGUUCCAUUGCUACUCCUUUCAAGUUAAUCAGUUAUAUUCUUCUUAGUAAGUAUAGGGAAGAUAUGCAUCAGUUCAAGUGUAGCAUACAUGUUUUCCAUGUUAAUCUAGGCCCUCUUUUUAUUGUUUCAUACAACUUAAAUUUACUUGGAAGAUGUUAAUUAUUGAAAGUUGGUGGAUAUAUCUACAGUAAAUUGCCUUUAGCUA